AUGUCAACUUACACGCCACCCUUACCGCCUGUCAUGUCUAGGGAAAAUUCCUCGGAAGAUCUUCACUUACCUUCUUCUUCUUCUGGUAAACCCAUGGGGGAUGCUGCAGACGUCGUAGCUCAACUAUCAAGAAGUCUGGAAGCUGGUCCAUCAAGAUUAUCCACCGCGUCAUCGUUGUUACAAACUCCCAAAAUUACAGGAAACAGGAGAGCUUCGAAAUCCGUUUCCGGAUCCAGACCUACACUCAUCGUCACCCCAGCAACAAGGACACAAUCAUACUACACACCUCAAGUCAAAUCUUCCGACUCAUUCCCCUCAUCAUCUUCUAUCCCUUCCAGUCCCAUCUUAGGACCUGGUAUCGUCAAGAGGAAAUCGUCUGUACCGAAUCUAGUUAGGAGGUAUACCACUCGCGAGGAAGAGGGAAUCAGUGAAUUACUGAAUGAAGAUCAUCUUGAACCUCCCAUGACUAGUUCGACAGGAAGCAUGAGUAAAGGCAAAGGGAAAGAGAAGGCUGUGGAGUCAAGAGCCAGAUCAACAAGUACAAGUAUCGUUGUACCUCAGACCCAAGAUUUGACUGAACAUUCAACUUAUAUCUUCCCCUCUUCAUCCUUUGGUCAAUCAUCGCUGAAUCAUGUCCCGGAACUCCCACCUUCUUCUCAAACUUGGUCAGGUUUGCCAUUAUCCCCUCCAUCAUCCGAUAGACCACUCGACACAUAUCCUCCUCCUUCGUCUUCUACAUCGUCGUCAUUUGUCAAAUCAGCUUAUGAAGUUGGAGAAUCACUCUUGAGUUGGGUUAAACCCAAGAAACAUCAACGAUAUGAUGGUUCUUCGGCGUACCGACGUGGAUCCGAUGACGAUUCUGAAAAGGGGUUGAUCGGGUCUGGGUCAGAUCAAGAUGAAGAAGACGACGGGUAUAGUGGUGGAAGAGCGAGUGGGGAGUCUACCAGAAGAGCUGGACCAGGGAAAUAUUGGGGUAUUUGGACUUCCACUGCCGAAGACCAGGAUCCAUCGUCUUCAUCGGAUAAUUACUUUACAUUACCACCCAGUUCACCAUUAGACCAAGAUGGAAACUACCCUCGAUUCCAAGCUGCCAUCAAUGGUGACUCCAAUUCUUUCCCUGCUACGCUACCUACACCUGCACUUUCGACUAAAUCGCUCUCUAGAGAUAAUUCAAAAGGCAACAAGCUGAGGAAAGUGUUCAGGUCAAGAGGAGGCGAUGGGAUAAUUCACGAUGAUUCUAGAGGAUGGUUGACGACGGUAUUGAAUGUUGGGGCAGGUCAAAGAGGUGGCAAGACUGCUGAAGUGUUGAAGGAAUUGGGUUGGACAGUUGGAAUUUUAGUAGGAGCAUUCUUCGUUUCUGCUGGUUUGGUUUUGUGGUUGAUCCAAAGUAUGCCAAUCACCACACUCAAACAUCUUCCUCAAUCCACUACGGACCUUCAACUGCUCUCUGCUGAAAUCAGAUCGUACAUGGCUUCUAGCAAUAACGGCUGGUGGCAUACCAUCGGAGUGCUUACGUUUGUUGGGUGCUGGAAACAUGCUUGGAGUGUACCUGGAGCGGUCAUCUUGAACAUCCUCGUCGGAUCUUUACUCGAUCCCAUGCCAGCUCUACUUCUCUUAACGAUCAUCACCGCAUCUGGCUCUCUCGGUGCAUACACCUUAUCAAGACCACUAGCACCCUUGAUUGCUGUGCUUUUCCCCAAACCACUAGCAUUGGUCAGAGCGGCCCUCGCACCGGAAACGAUCCCAACUCCAGCAACAGCCCAACAAGUUAUCGGAGAAACUAUCACCCCUAUUCAAGCAUCUUCUGACCCUUCUCAACCGGCUAUUGGAGGCCCCACCGAGAAAUCAACCGUAUGGCGACGUCUGCUGAUCAUGCGAGCGAUGGGAUUCGUCCCUUGGUCAGGUAUGAACGUAGCCUGUGGGGUGGUCGGUGUAGAUUGGAAAGUAUUUUGGCUCACAACCGCAGCGGGAAGCGCAUCUUGGUCUUAUGUCACUGCCUCGGUCGGUCAUAUAUUAUCAAGAUUGAAAGUACCUACUCAAGCUUUAGCCAACUCGGGCGUGAUCAGCGAAAAUUCCGGUGGUGAAUCUCUGACUAGUCUACUCAGAGAUCCGGUGUUAAUUGCCAAAUUGAUAUUCCUAUCCGGUCUGACAUUGUUGCCUGUUAUACUCAAGAGACGAAAUGGUGAGAACGGUAGCGGUGUAGAUGGUAUCGAAGAUGGUUUGAAUUUGAAUCUGGAUUCAUCAAUAUCGACUACACCCAGAUCAUCUUCAUCUUCUUUCGAAUUGAACGAAUUUACUUCUUCCUCCCCAUCAUCAUCCGGUACCCCCGGACCAACCAUUAUGACAAACCCCGCGAUAUCUGCUUUGAGAUUGGUUGAUUUGCAUUCACCGAGUAAUGAAGGUCUACCACCGAUGUCACCUUUAUCUCAGAGUUUAGCGAAAUUCACACCUACCCCUAGAAUGUUUGAUCUCUUGAGUUUUGGAAGAACGGUGAUCAGGACCGGUCAGAGGGGGUUGGCCGGAGGUGUGAGGGGUGCCGAGAGGAUGAUCAGAGGUCAGAAUGGGACGAGUUAG